AUGGAUGACGAAAAUGAAGAGCAUGAGCCACAGUCACUGCCACCUCCAUCUCCACCUCCACAAGAACAACCUCAGUCCUCAAGCCAAUAUGUACCUCAGACACAGUUUACCCCGUCGUUCCCAAUACAUCAGCAGUAUUGGAGUACACCACAGUUUGACUCAGGAGAUGGAGCUUCUUUUAGCCAGUUGCUUGGGUUAAUGGCUUCAGAUGCCGGCCAAGCACAAUAUGGCCAUCAAGCUGAUUUCAUGGCGGGUAGGCAUUCGUUUGACAUGAGGCAUCCAUGUUUCACUUCCUCGGGUGCAUUUGGAGGAUUCGUAUCUGGUGAUUCUAGUAGGAGUGACGGUGGUCGAAGAAUUCUUAAUAGUCAAAACCCUCACCGUGUUUCGAUGACUCUGAUUGAAGAAAAUGCUAAGACAUUUGAACAUGAGACUGAUGAGUAUCUAGUGGAUGAGCCAGAUGACGAGGAAGACGAGGAGGAUGAGGACAAGGACAUGGAGGAGGAAGAAGAUGAGGACAUGGACGAGGAUGAAGAAUCACGUAAUGAUGUAGGUCCUGUUAUUGCUUUACUUGUUUGUUGA